UAGAAUUUCCGAGAAACUGCAGCAAGUUUACGCAUGUUCAGUCUACGGCAUAAGGAAGACAAACUGUGCAAGACGAUGAAAGACGUGGAUUUUUAUGUGAUUUAGACGUUUUCGAUAGAAUUUCCGAGAAACUGUAGCAAAUUUUCACUUGUACAGUCUACAGUCCGAGGAAGAUAAAUUGUGUAAGACGAUGGUAUUAUAGACGUACACCGCUAAAUAUAGUGUCAACAUGACAUGGCGUGCUAGUGGUAGACUCUGUUACCCACACUAACAAUAUCCGUGGUAGUUGAUACACACAGUGAUAGUCUGGGUGACAAAGGCUAAUGUCGAAGGUCAUUAUAUCAAAACGAAAAUAAAAAUAGAAUUUCCGAGAAACUGUAGCAAGUUUACGCAUGUUCAGUCUACAGUAUAAGAAAGACAAACUUUGCAAGACGAUGAAAGACGUGGAUUUCUAUGGGAUUUAGACGUUUUGGUGGAAUUUAAUACUUUUGAUUUUUAGUUCAUCUGUCUCGAUAUCAAAUAUUAUAUUGUUUGAUUUUGUAUUUUCGUCCAGUUUGAACUCGUAUUGUCUACAACUAUGUGCCUUAGACCUUUUGGCUAGCAUUUCUAAGAAACGGUAGCCAAUUUAUGCAUUUAUAAGAAAUUAUAGCAAGUUUAUGCAGGUUCAGUGUACAGUCCAAGGAAGAUAAACUGUGCGAGAAGAUGGCAGGCGUGGUUUGCUAUGGGAUUUAGACGAUUUGGCUAAAUUUAAUACUUUUGAUUUCUAGGAUAUCGUAUAUUAUAUUAGCCUAAUUGUUUGUUGUUAUUUUGUCCAGUUUCAACUCGUAUUUUAUACAACCAGUGCAACAUACAGCUAUUCAAAAUGGCGGAGAAGGAAGUGUGUAGUAUUUGUUUGAACGAUUUUCAACAACGCGUGGUACUCGAUUGUAAACACCCCUUUUGUUUUAUCUGUUUAGAAGAUUAUGUGAACAAAACCUCCACUAAAGAUCAGUUCCAAUGUCCAUUAUGCCGUAGCUUUAUAAAUCUUAGUGACGGAGGUCUGGAUCGAUUUAAACCUAAACCAAUUAAUAUUCCUCAAUGUGAUGUAUGUACGGAAGAUACAUGUCAAUAUUUCUGUCGAGACUGUGAUCAAUAUUUAUGUAAAUCAUGUAAAAUCAUGCAUGAUAAGAUGAAAAUUUGUAAAGACCACGUUGUGUCUCGAUAUGAUGAAACACAGAUCUAUCAAGCGCCUACUUCACACGAAACAAUAAAGGAAAAAGCUUCGGCUUCGUCUAUCACAAAUCCUAAAGAUUUCUGUCUGCGCCAUGAAAAGGAGCCCGUAAAAGUAUACUGUAAAGAUUGUACUGUAGCCGUUUGUUUGAAAUGUUUCUUGGUCGAUCAUAAUGGACACAAUUAUUUAGAUUUACAGGAGGAUGAAGUCAGACAAAGUAUCAGACACGACUUACAAUCACUGAAUGAUGAAUUAAAAAAACAAAUCACUAAUUUUCAGAAACAUUAUGAUAAUUUAAAUAGCAAAUUAACUGAAGUCAAAAACUGCACAAAAACUGAAUGUGACAAAGUAGAUGCACAAGUUGAGAAAAUCUGCUCAAAAUUUCAUAAAAUCGGAGAAAAUAUUAAAAAGGAAAUGCAAGAAACUAGUGAAGAGGAAGAAUACAAAUUCAGGAAAUUAAUGGAGGACAUUAAAAGACUAACGGAAGAUUUAAAAGCUAGUGUUAAAUAUUCAGUGAAUGUUUUAGAAGAUUCAUCCGUUGUUCAAGUUUUACAAAGAAUACCUAAAGUUAGACAGGAAAAAGAUGAAAGUUGUUGUAGAAAAUUGGAUAUACCUGAUGUAAGAUAUUCAACAUUUCAAGUAGGAGAGAUAGAUAAAACUUUGUUAACUAAUCAACUUGGUAAAAUUGUAAGUUGUCAUCAGAAUAUGAUUGGUAAAGUUGUAAGUUGUCAUCAGAAUAUGUUUGAAGAUGUUUUUAAUGUGGAUACUGUGAGAGAAGGUUAUGAUGGUUGGUAUGAUGGUAAACAACAUGUAGUUUCAGGUUUUACAUGGAGUAUUGGUGUGUGUAAACUAGGAUCAUUUUCAUUACUUGUUAGAUUAUACCUGGAUGACGUAGAAGAUAAAAGUAUUACGUCAUGUAAAGUUGACGUCACAUGUAAAGUUAUAAAUAAAACAGAUGAUAGACAAUCUGUAGUUAAACAACGUAAUGAGACUGUUUUACCUGGUGGUUUGAUAUACUGGAAUACUGAUCUUAUUGACUGGGAGAGACUCAGUAAUCCUGGCAGUGGAUUUAUUGAUGAUCAUAGAAACUUUACAAUUCAAGCAACAAUUAAUAAUAUAACUGACAUUAAAAGACGUUAAUAAUUAGACUACUGUUAUGGCUGAAUGAUUGUUAAAUAAUGUUUUGUUUACGGUGUAAGGGAGAUAACAUUAUUUCUAUCCGAAAUGGAAUAAAUUAUGGUCAAUCGCUGGAAGAAGUAGUUGAUAGUUUUUUUCAGAUGGAACUUUAAUACAUGUAUAAUAUCAUUCCAUAUUAUAAUAAAAAAUGAUUCCAGAUGGAGCUAAAAUACGUGUAUAAUAUCUUUCCAUAUUAGAAUAAUAAUUGUAAACUCUUUGUAUUGUUGUUUUAUUAUGAAGCACUGGUAGUAACCAACAGGUCAAGGGAAACA